CCUCCUCCCGAUACUGAUCAUCUCGGGUGGUGUUCAAGCGGCCAUCGACAGCGCCCAGCUGACGGACAUGCUCGAGGAUUUCAGGGACGCAAAGGGCGCGUUCCCGUACUCCGGGGCUUUCGGCGCAGUCACGGUCUUUGGGUGCCAGGAUCCCAAGUCGAGGACUCAGCUGUUGCGGGAGCUGUCUGCUACUCGCGUUUCCAGUCGGGUGUUGGACGUUGAAGAGAGCGUUGGGCGCCUCGGCGAGCUGGCUUGGUGAAAAUUUUACUUUGCGUACCAGGACGUACCCUCGGACGCCCACAAGCAGCUCUUCGUCCUAGACCUGGGCUGUCGGGGAGUCGAGGACCUCCUUGGCGCGGCCAAUGGCGAAAAAAUGUUCUCCACGCCGUUCAAGUGGCUGAUGCUCCGGCCCUCGGCGAGCAGUGUGGACGACACGCGCGCCCAGCUCGCCCGAGCCGCGGUUCUCGCGGACAGCGAGCUGAUCCUCUGGGACUCCGAGUCGAAUGAGCUGGUGGCGAUCUACCGGGCCGGUAGCUCUGGUCACUGGCGGGACGAGUUGCGCGGGUCAUGGAGCAUCGCUUCCGGGCUGGUGAUUGGGGAUCGGAACGUCGCGUCCAGGAGGAGAAGGGACCUCGGUGGGAUUCAGCUCAAGUCUUGUCUUGUGAUCACUCAUCCGGAUACGAUCAAUCAUCUGACCGAUUACCAGGAUCGGCACAUCGACUCGAUAACCAAGUGCAACUAUCCGUGGGUACUGCAUCUGGUGAACAUGAUCAACGCCACGGUAAGCUUCGCGACUGCGGACACCUGGGGCUACCAGAGCCCGAACGGCUCGUGGGGCGGCAUGAUCGGUAUGCUGCAACGGGGUGAGAUCGACAUCGGCGGCACCGGGACUUUCCUGCUUCGGGAGCGCAUCGGUGUCAUACAGUACAUAUCCCUCUCGACACCCACCGGCUCGAGGUUCAUAUUUCGCCGGCCACCGCUGUCGUCCACGUCCAACCUCUUCCGGCUGCCCUUCCGCUCGGGAGUCUGGCUGGUGAUCCUCGGCCUGGUAGUGCUGCUGAUCGCACUGCUGUAUCCUGCCAUGAGACUCGAGUGGCUGCAGUGGAAAGACCGAGCCGAUCACGUGCUCGAGCCGCGACUGCCGAACCUCAGCGACGAUCUGCUCGUUGUCGUCGGCACCGUGUCCCAGCAGGGUUUCUGGUACGAGCCCCGGGCCGUAUCGACGCGGAUAAUAAUCCUGAUGGCCCUGCUGGCGGCGGUGAUCCUGUACUCGGCCUACACGGCCAACAUAGUGGCCCUGCUGACCUCGACCACAACGUCGAUCAAGAGCCUGAACGACCUGCUGAACAGUCCACUGUCGCUGGCGGCGCACGACAACGUCUUCAACCGCUACUACUUCAAGUCGUUCAAGGACCCGGUGCGCCGAGCCAUCUUCGAGGAGAGGAUCGAGCCCAGGGGAUCGAGGAGGACCAACUGGCUGGCCAUAGAGGACGGGGUCGAGCGCAUGCGUCGGGGCUACUUUGCCUUCCACGUCGAGCCCGGCUGCGCUUACAAGAUCGUCCAGGAGAGCUUCGAGGAGGACGAGAAGUGCGGCUUCCAGGAGAUCGACUUUCUCAACGUUUUCGAUCCUCACUUCAUCGUCAAGAGGAGGUCGCCCUACCUCGAGAUCUUCAGGGUCGGGGCCAUGAGGAUACACGAGACGGGCCUGCGCACCAGAGAACUGAGCCGACUGUACACCAAGAAGCCGAUCUGCAGCUCGGCCAGCCGAUUCCUCAGCGUCGGCAUCACCGAGUGCUACGGGGCCUUUUUGACCCUACUUUUUGGACUGAUGCUCGGUAGCGCUGUUUUCGCGGUCGAGCUCAUCACCAACAAGCUACGAUGA